CUUCGGUUCAGUUCAUAUCUCGAUUCCCACCGGGCGGCUGCCGCGCGGCCCGACCGCCAACCGUCCCGCCGCGCGUUCAAAACGCCGACAACACAUCCAACACUGUUUUCUUCAAUCUUUAAAUAAACCAGUGUAGACUUAUAGAGCCAGUGACAAUUAUGUUCCUACAGUUAUAAUACCAAGUGAUUGCGGCACUUAUUAUUUAUAGUAUCUAACAAAAUGGAAAGAACUGAAAAAAUGGAAAGGAAAAGCUAAUCACCAAAUCUGCAUCACCGAUCAAAUUAAAAGUAUUUUAAUAAAUCACUUAACAAAUUACAAUGUUUCGUCCGUCACUGAUUCGUGGCGCGAGUGUGGACUCACCUGAUGUGUCGGGCUAUGGGCUUGCCAGGAGUCGGCGAGCCUCGCUGUCGGCUGAGCAGCGACGGAAGCUGAGCAUGCUCCGGUCCUCGAGCAUCCCAUCACCGCUGACUCCGGUGAGCCACAUUUACCAUUUGGUACCCUGCCCGAGAAAAGACUGUAAUCAGAAAUAUGUCGUCAGCACAGAUCGGAGUGGAGAUAUCCACGUGCAUGUCCAAGGAAUUAUACCUCAACCAAAUAAGGGGGACUUAAGUCAACAGGACAAAAGAUGUGUGUUCCUGACGGUGCACGAUCUUGGGACCAAUCAUUCGACAAUGGUUGACUUCGUGAACAGUCCUGCAAUGUCGGAGAUCAAGGAGCGUUCCUGCUUCAUCCACGUGGAUGUGCCAGGGCACGAGGAGAACUCGCCAGAUCUGCCAGACUCCUACCAGUUCCCAUCACUCCAGACAUUGGGUGAAGACCUGAUAACAGUGUUGGACUUCCUUCACGUACGCUACGCAGUUGGCUUGGGGGAGGGUGCAGGAGCUAAUGUCCUCGCCAGGUGCGGGCUGGCCCAUCCCAGGCGUCUCUUGGGCCUGAUCCUCGUCAACUGCACAGCAUCCACCUCCUCGGUGGCUGAUGCCUUCCGCAGUCGGUUCUCCCGAUGGCGAGGAGCUGAUAUCUCCCAGUCUGAAGAGGACUUUCUCAUCUACCAUAAGUUUGGCCACGUGAGUUUUGAAAACGAAAAGCAUUUUAGCUACCAGCAAAUAUCGAGUGACUCGAUGGAGGCAGGUGAACGUGAGCGUACCCUGGCCGAGUACCGGUCUCGACUGCGCGGUAACCUGAACACUCAUAACAUCAAGCAGUAUGUGAGAGCGUUUAUCAAUCGCAAGGACCUGAUCCUCCGCGGCUGCCAGCCAGAUAUCCUCCUCAUCACGGGCAUGCUGAGCCCGUACUCCACCGUCAUUGAGAAGAUGUACAAGGAGCUGGACAAAGAAAGGGUCACCAUCCUGAAGGUGGAUAGAGCUGGCGAUGUGUUGGCUGAAACUCCAGCUAAGGUAGCGCAGUCUCUGCUGCUGUUCUGCCAGGGCCAGGGUCUGCUGACGUCACUGCCACCUCCAGGGGUCGAACGUCGCAUGUCCCGCGCCAUGUCGAUGGAGGAGUACGACAAACCGAACAUUCGCCGUCUCUCUCUCACACCAAGCGUGGCCGAGUCACCCCCGCAUAGGAAACUCUAGCUGAAGAGAUCCGACUCCUUACUCGAGGAGACGGUGUAAGAGGAUUUACUCUGAAGAUGGGGCGUUAAAUUGUGUAGUUUUCUGUAUCAAAUAAUAGAUGGCGUUACUUGCACGUAGUAAAAGUUCAUUGCAUGUCAAGUUAUACAGAAUUGAUUUUAUUACAAAUAAAAGGUAAUUUAGUAAAACAAAUAUUAAGGUAUUCAUCGGAAUGAGGUACUAUGUGCACUAAAACCUAGAUAGUGACGUAAAUAUAGACGAAAAUAUGUGCACAUACAUACACAUUGAUUGUAAGUAAUUAGCUCUCUAGAAAACGCCCUACUUCUAGAAUCUUCGAUAUACGCUAUAAUGUUAAUAAUUUAAACAUUUGUCUAAUGUAUGUCUGUUGUAGAAUCCGUAUUAGUUAGCAGAAUGAGCGUCGUUGUUGCAUUAUAUUACAUAACAUAACAUAUCGAAGGCAUUGUUACAAAUGUCUUUUUGUAUAACUAGUUAUAUUGCAUAAUUUUAUAACUCGAUAUAUUACACGUUUAUCUAGCUUUUUGAAGAGUUUUAUUCAUAGCUACUUUUGGCGGAUCAGCAGAGGUGUUUUAAUGGAUGUUUUUUAAUAGGCAACAGCUGUGAAUAUUUUGUUUCGAUGAAUUUGAAUAUUAUUUUUCUUGUAAAUGUUAUUAUCGAUACUUGUUUAAAGUCUUGUUUAAAGUAAAUAUUAUUAUUAUUCAAUUAAAGAAUGAAAGAGUAUUUUCAUUCAUGGAAAUUAAUUUGUUUUUUUUUUUAUGGUGAAUUUAUUUAUUUUAAUAGAAACCUUGGGAUGUGAUGUUUUCAAUUGUAAUGGGAAUUUUUUUUUUUUUGGUAGUUAGAAAAAGGACUAGAAAUGUCUAUCUUUAAUAAAAACAGAUUAUUAUGAUACACAUGAAAAUGCACCUUAAACUCAAACAGUACGGAUGACAAUCGCUAGUCUGUUGUUUUAUUUAAAGUAUUUGUUGCAAUUUCUUUUUUUAUUUAAAUGUAAAUUAUAAAUCUUUAUGAAAUUAAAUGAAAAUGGAUGUAUUCUACUAUAUCUGUACAAAGUAUGUAACGUCUAGAAUAGUAUAAUUACAAUUAAGUGUAUUAGAUUUAUGUUUAAUUCAGAAUAAAUAUAUACUUCUAGAUUA